UGGUGUUUACUCGGAAAACCGCGUCCCCUUUGCAGAAAACUUUGAAUUAGAAAAUAAAAUACACGUCUAGUUUGCCACGGAAAAUGAGCCUUACUUCGCUAUAAAUAAGCAAUCCACCACUUCUGUCUACUGUAAACAGGUCCUGCCCCCCAGCCUUCUCUGAAGUGAUCCCUGUCCCUGUAGCAGCCUUCACACGUACACACACGUACACACACCUGGGCCUCUGGACGAGGAUGACAAUAGAAGAGAUGAAGAAUGAAGCGGAGAUGACCUCGAUGGUUUCCAUGACACUCUACACUGUGAUGUACCCCGUCUUCCACGAGGCUGAGAAGGAGAACCCAGGACAUCAUCAUGAAGAUCCUGGAGAAGAAAAACGUAGAGGUCAACUUCAUGGAGUCCCUACUACACAUGGCUGCAGGCGAUGUGGAAGAGAUAUCGCCAGCGCCAUGAAGGAACUCCUGGACACGGUCAACACUGUCUUCCGAAAAUACCAGUACCAGAACCGACGGGCACUGGAACACCAAAAGAAAGAGUUUGUGAAAUACUCAAAGAGCUUCAGCGACACACUUAAAACCUACUUCAAAGAUGGAAAGGCGAUAAACGUGUUUGUCAGCGCCAACAGGCUCAUCCACCAAACCAACCUAAUACUCCAGACCUUCAAGACCUGACAUAGACUGGGGUUAACCACACCAACCCAGGCUUUUAUCAGAGGACAGGAAACUCUUUGUACACAUAAUGUUCAGAUUCUGUUUCUGGGACUGUAUCAUUUAUAAAUCUUGCUUCAAGAGGGAGAUAAUUUAGAGUUGCAGGUGGCCAGAUCAUAAUUAAAUUGCCAGAGAUUUUUUUUUCUCAUUUUAUUUUCUCACCAGGAUCAUGCUAUCUCCACAGAGCAUCUCAUGUCAUGCUAUCUCCACAGAGCAUCUCGUGUCAUGCUAUCUCCACAGAGCAUCUCGUGUCAUGCUAUCUCCACAGAGCAUCUCGUGUCAUGCUAUCUCCACAGAGCAUCUCGUGUCAUGCUAUCUCCACAGAGCAUCUCGUGUCAUGCUAUCUCCACAGAGCAUCUCAUGUUAACGAUCCUCUCAUUUCUUUCAUUUGCUCUCUCACUUUGUCCAUGUGGAAGCCAAAAGGCCUUAACGUGGCCAUGGAGCCAUUCCUUAAUGGAUGCUAAAUGGUUCAUACGGGGGAUGGUUUCUGUAUUUUGAAAGUUACGUAUCUUGAAAACUUGAUUGCUGUUGCUAUGUCAACAAUGGACUAAUGAAACCAAAAUGUGUUUUUUGGGGUGGAGUUUAAACCAGGUGUAAAUACAGGCACUUCAGCUUUUUUUACAUUCUCUACUUGAACAAUGAGACAUGAUGAUGAUUAUGAUGAUGGUGCAAGUUGUAUAUUUAACAGCUGUUUGUUUGCAAAAUGUUAAAAUAAAUAGUUUAAACAUUUUGGAAAGAUUUUGAAAAGUUUUUUGUUGUUGUUGCCUUGGUCAUUUCCCA